GUCAAGAAUGUUUGAUUGUUGAAAUCUUUGUGAACGGCUAUGGAAGGAAGAGAGUUUUUCCUCGUCAGUGGAUUCAUUGAUCUACGUUCACUGUAAAUUUUGUCCUCUUUGAUCGCUCGGUUUUUGCACAGCAACCAUUACGGAAGCUAACAGUUCAUGUUUUGACAGCUCAGCCUGUGUCUGUUAGCUAGCUGCCUACCUAACACUAACUAUUUAUCGUUAGCUAACACUGACAGCACUAGCUGUGGGAGACUGCUCAGUUUAUUGAACAAGGACUUGGGAAAAGACAGUUUCUUCCUGGCAGCUGGCUUAAAGUACGCUUACGUAUGUCAGAAUUCGUUUACCUAAUGUAAUGUCGAAAUGCCUUCAAAGGUAGCAAGGUUGGAGGGCUAGUUUAGCUAGCUUCAAAUGCACAAUGAAAUAUCAAAGGUUACAUUGGCAAGACAGAAAACGCUACGCUUCCUUUUCUCUUCCCGUACAGUAUUAAUAAGGCCACAUUAUUGUCAGAACUGUAGUAUUUUUUACAGUAUUAUUAGUAUUUCAUGUGUACAGUUAAAGCUAAUAUUUUAGUUUUAUCAAAACGUGGUUGUUGUCUAAACAUCACUGGCUUUUAUGUAAUUGUUUUUUAAUGUUAAAGGCGGUUAAUAUAGGGUUGGUAGGGACUCGUGUCCUGUUAUUGCUUGUAGGGCUACUUGUUUGUUUACACAUAAGCACAGGAUGUCCCUGGCAAACGUGUACUGCUCACUGCAGCCUACAGCUGGGUCAAUCUGUGAUACUGAAAACCUGUGAGGCAGGAGUGUCAGGCACCAGACCCAGAAGUUUCUGGUAUCAUGUAGCCACUCUUGAUUUGUGGCUACCAGGCACCAUUAAGUACCAGGAUGUCUUGAAACCUGAAUAUUGUAGUCAGUGCUAGCGAUUUCUGAUGGUGUCAAGCGUUAACAUGGAUUUAACCUCUACAGUUUGCAUUUUGGUUUGAUAAAUGUCUUGCCGUGUUUCAUUUAACCACAAACUACCGCAUGUAGUUAUGAAGAAAUGCCACACGCAAGCAGCGGUACAAGGCUAUACCUUUCGAAGAUUGGCAGCUGCAGAAGUGCUUGGUUUGUUUGCAGAAUAAGUAUUCAUUAAAUAAGCAAGUCUUCUUCUCAGAAAGUGUCAAAGUGGUUAAAAUAGUGAAGAAAUCGCUAGAAAUUAGAUCCAGCUUCUUGCUGUAAUUUGUCAAUGUAUAAAAAUGAAUCAUUUGUCUACAAGAAAGCAUCAAAAUGUAAAAGUAAGUAUACAUGUAUAGUCAUGGUAAGAAGAAGCUGCCUGUCUUUUAAUUAACAUUUUUUAUAUCAGCACAAAUUACAAAACAUGGUUCUUAGUAAGUCUUACCUUUUAAACAAAUAUAACCUCAGAUAACCAACAACAUUUUACAUAUUGCACAACAUCAUUAUUUGUUUAACAAAUGAAAAAGCAGAAGCUCUGGGAGGUUACUGGUACGGACAAGCCAGGUGUGUGUUAACACAAUGCUAGAGAGGAAAUACAUCAGCAGUGAGCUUGGAGAAACAACUGUUGCUGUCCAUCAAUCUGGGAAGGGUUAAAAGACCAUUUCCUAACAAUUUGAAGUCUAUCAUUCUAAGUGGAAAAAAAAGUGCAAAAACAUUGAAGACAGUUGCCAAUUUUCCCUGGAGUGUAUCUCCCAGCAGAUGCAUCCCAAGGUCAGACUGUGCUUGGAGACGGUACAAUUGGAAGAAGUAUGGCUUGUUUAGAAGGAUUUCAGGAGAAAAUCUCUUCUUUCUAAAAAAAACAACACAUGGCAGCUCAGCUUAGAUUUGCAAAGUUACAUCUGAACAAAGCACAAGACUUCUAGAACAGUGUCCUUUAAACAGACGAGCUAAUAUGGAGAUAUUUGCCAGUAAUGCAUGGCGGUGGAUGGGUGAUGAUUAGGGCUCUAAAAGCUGCUGAAACCAGGCAUGUGCUUAGUCUUUCACACACUGCUUCUGUAUUUUUGGCUUAAUUUUUGUUAAAUGAGUAGGGAUGCGUCAUAUGUCAUGUGAUGUUGUUCUUCUGACCUUGCAUUUAUCUGAUUUUAAGACCUGCUACAGGGUGGAUGAUUUUAUCUUUUGUCCUGUUAUGUAAAAACCUUAUGUUGAAAGCAGGUCUUUUUUUAUGACAACCCCAAAGAAAUGUAUUGAAUGUAUUGAUUAUUUAUUAGUAUAAUCAUGCACAACAUAAAGUAGCGCUUUCUCCACAUGGAAUGUUUUUUUGUUUUGUUUUGGUUUUACAAUCCUUCAAUUUAUAUUCAGCCAAAAAUGUAUUUUUGCUUCUUGCUAUUUUCAUUUAAAUUUAGGAUUCAGAUAUCCAAAAUGAUCAAGUUUAUAUCGGGACCAAGCAGAAAUUGGUCCCUCUGUGGUGUCUUAGACCUGCUGUCUUGCUCUUCUCACUCUUGUUUGUCUCUGCCUAACCCACAGGUCAUGCAUGCAGCCAGCCUUCUAGCCUGCGCUUUGUUCAUCCCCAGCGCUUGAGAUAAUGUUCUACCCGUAGGUGGAGGGUUAUCCUCCUACUCCGUUUCUCCCCACUGCCCCCAUCAGUCCCAGAGUUCCCUAUGUUAACCCUGUUGAGCAUGUUUUACUAUAUCUGUCUGCGGCGGCGCUCCAGGAGUGGAACUCGAGGCGAGGCUCUGACCAGUCGACGGGCUGUGGAAUCUGGCCAGAGAGCGGUACUGCCAGUCAGUGUGGAGGUGGAGCAGUACGCCAAAGAGGUUUUGGACUUCAGCUCCCACUAUGGCAGUGAGAAUAGCAUGUCUUACACCAUGUGGAACCUGGCAGGGGUGCCUAACGUCUACCCCAGCUCAGGGGACUUCACCCAGACAGCUGUAUUCAGAACUUAUGGGACGUGGUGGGAACAGUGUGCCAGUGCUCCGCUGCCUUUUCGUCGCACUCCUAAAGGCUUCUACAGUAAGGAUUACAUUGAGCUAGGCUUUGAGGAGCCCGUCUACCCGACAGCAGUGGAGGUGUUUGAGACCUAUUACCCUGGAGCCAUCGUCCAGAUCCUGGCCUGCUCUCAUAAUCCUUUCACCCAGAAUCCGCCUACUGAUGUCAGGUGGGAGGUGUUGUGGUCUGGUGAGCCCACCAAGGUGCUGACUCCACAGGCUCGCCAGUUUUCCCCUAAAAUAAAGCAUAUCGGCUUCCCAACCAACCUGUUGCGUCUAGAGGUGAACAGCUCUUUGCUGGACUAUUACACUGAACUGGAUGCUGUUAUCCUGCGUGGGGUAAAAGAGAGGCCCAUGCUGGCUCUCUAUAAAAUGCCCAUCAUUGACAUCAGUGACCUGAGCGACAGCGAAGAGGAGCUGUCUGAUGUGGGAGGUCCUUUCAGGCAAGGAGAUGGCAAGCACCAGAGGACAGGAAAUGGCUACUUUGACAAACUGCCAUAUGAGCUCAUCCAGCUGAUACUGAGCCACCUGACCCUGCCAGACCUCUGCCGUCUGGCCCAGAGCUGUAAGCUGCUGCACCAGCACUGCUGUGACCCGCUACAGUACACCCAGCUGAGUCUGCAGCCUUACUGGGCCCGGCUGAGUGACGCCUCCCUGGGACACCUGCAGAGCCGCUGCACCCUCCUCCAGAGGCUCAACCUGUCCUGGACCGGCAACCGUGGAGCCCUUACCCUGAUGGGCUUCAGCAGUUUCAUGAAGGCCUGUGGUCCCAGCCUGGUCUGCCUGGAAAUGUCAUGCUGCCACUUCCUGAACGAAGCCUGUCUCGAGGUCAUCUCCCAGACUUGUCCUGGACUCCAGGAGCUCAACCUGUCCUCCUGUGAUCGUCUCCCCCCACAGGCCUUCACGCACAUCUCAAAACUUACACGCCUUCGCAGGCUGGUGCUUUACCGAACAAAGAUAGAGCAAACAGCCAUCUUAAGCAUUCUGACUUUCUGCAUAGAGCUAAGACACCUCAACCUGGGGAGCUGUGUGAGGAUCGAAGACUAUGAUGUUGUAGCCAGUAUGCUGGCCACUCGCUGUCGCUUGCUGUGCUCUCUGGACCUGUGGCGUUGCAGAAACCUGACCGAUCGAGGCCUGACUGAGCUCGUCUCAGGGUGCAGGAUGUUGGAGGAACUGGACCUGGGCUGGUGUCCCACGCUGCAGAGCAGUACGGGAUGUUUCCAACACCUCGCCCGCAGCCUUCCACGCCUGCGCAAGCUCUUCCUCACUGCCAACCGCACCGUCUGCGACUCAGACAUAGAGGAGCUGGCAGCCAGCUGCCCCUGUCUGAGGCAUCUCGACAUUCUGGGUACACGGUCAGUGAGCGCCGCCUCACUGAAGAAACUCCUCCAGUCGUGUCCUCAGCUUGUCCUCCUGGACGUCUCCUUCUGCUCACAGAUAGACAUGCGCAUCGUCCAGGAGCUCUCUGGCCUCUUCCCCAAUGUGGCCAUCAAGAAAAGCUUCACUCAGUGACCCCAGCAUUGGCUCAUUUCCCACUACUGAGAUGUAGCAAGUGGAGGGAGGUAGUGGUCAGCACAUACUGCCCCAGAGUGAUUCAGAGGCAGGUCAGAUGCAGGAGGAGAUUGCAGACCUGCCUCUGCUUGUAUCACGGACGAGAUCUUCUUUUAGCGGUCAGUAUAAAAAGCGGUGGGACUGGGUGAGGAGGAUUUUACUGGCUUUACUGAUUUAGUGAACCUAAAUGACUACAGAUUUGUAGGAGCAGGAUUAUACAACAUAAGACACUUGUAUUUUUGGGUGGGGGUUUUGUUUGUUUGUUUUUUAAAUCAGGGUUGUUGCAGUGAAGCUGCCACAUGUUCCCACAAUAUGAAUCAGCACUUACAGUAUGUAUUGCCAGAUAACACACAGCAAGGAAAUAUGCCUUACCACUAGAAAUCACACAUGAAAAAAGCAACAUUUGAGAGAAAACUUCUUUUAAGCAUCUUUUUAGGAAAACAAAUGGAACACAAAGCAUUCUUACCUGUUACUGGACUUCACAUAAUAAUAUUAGCUACAUAUCAGGGCCUUGGUCAGUGCCUUGUUUGAUUGUGGAAUAUGAACAGGCUGGUUUGUACAUGAAGGUCUUUCCGGUGGUGUUUAUCACCAUUCACUCACUUUCAUUGAAUCAUAGUGGAUGGUGUUGUGUUCAAAGGGGCUUUAAAGGUGAAAACAGCUGCACUAGAUGCAAUGCACUGUGGUUAGUGUUAUUCUUUUAUUUUUUUUACUUUAAUGAGACUAUCACAAGUUAAUAUGUGUUGCUACAAACUGCAGGAUCAUCAUUAAAUGUCCAUGCACUAGAGAUUUAGCAAUGGCGUGUUUCCAUCAAUGGGGAAAAAAUUGUUUUCAUUUCCACAUGCUCUAGGUGUUUUCUGUACUCCUGCAAUUUUAAAGGCAUCAAAUUCAAAAGAUAUGCACACUGACUCUUUUGAAAUAAAAGCGCAGAGAAGUAAUGAAGAUGUUAUUUAAGAUGACAUGAAACAAAUCUAAAAAUCUUUUCCUCUCCAACUCUCAGUUAGGCGCUUUUGGUCCAGCAGUUAAUAUUUUUACUAGGAUAAUAUGAAAGAAUUUCCAACUGUAUUACCUGGGCAGCUGUUAAUGUGUCACCACAUAUCAGACACUUCAGAUGAAUGUAGUAAUAUUCUAUAUUAAGUCCGAGUGUUAACAAGUAAGAAAUACAGGGGUAGUUAUUAACUAGAGGCCUUUGUUGGAAUACUGUAGAGAAAGUCAUCUGCAGCUGAAGCAGUUGAAUGUGUUUGGCUGUAUACAGUACAUCAGACAAUUCAGUGGACUAAAUGAAAUAGAAAGUGUUAAUGAUCGGGGUGCUUGCUAAUUGGUUUUGUUCAGACCUCAUAGGUUGUGUAAACAUUUCAGCGUAGGCAAAUUGGGGCCUUUAGGCUAAAGUUUUGUUUCCCCAAGUUUGAAAGUCACUGGCUCCUCCGCUGAGGUGAGAGCUCAGGUGGGGGAGUGUUUUCAGUGCUGUUUUUCUGUCAGCAAGUUUACACAAGCUGAGUUUCAUGAAACUUGGAGAGCUGGGCCCAGGCAUUAAAAUUAGCUGCAAAUGCAGAACACCUUCUUUGAAAGUGCAAGAUAGGCCCUCUGCAGUGUCAUAAUGUUAGUGCUGUUUCUGUUGUCGUUCCUGUUGAGUUCUGUCACUGCUGUCUGACUACAGCCGACUACAUAACCCACUCCGAUCAAAUUCCACCGCUGAGAAGGAGUGCUGUAAAUUAAGCCGAGGACGUAAUGUUGACGUGUAACAAGUGUAACUACGAUAUGUGACCUCAGUAUUUGUCCUCAAACUCAGGGGCUAUAUAUAAUCUCAUGUUCAUUAAAUGUCACUUUUUUAAAAACAUGUUUUACUCCAGAAACCAGCACAAAGGACAUCUUUACAGAAAGUAACACCAGACUUGAGUUAGCGUUAAGGUUACCGGGCUUUGGUGUUGCUCACAACAAACACACACGUGACACAAAUCGUCAGUUUGCGCUGGCGUAACAGAGACGUUAAUCAGAGCUUAUUGAGUGUUGAAUGUUGCAGUAAUUGUAUGAAAAAUGUACUGCUGCUGAUUAUUUAUUUUUUGUAAUAUAUGAAGCCAAGGCUGCAGUGUGGGAGAAGUGCUUGAAGAGCAUUUUUGUGUUUGAAACAAACUUGAAUUUUUAGUUGAAGCACAUGCUACUAGUCAAUAUUUGUGCCUUAUGCUCCUGUUUGAAUGUUGUGUCCAAGUGGUUUAGAUUGUGGUGAAGUGCUUCGCUUUUUUUUUUUUUUUUUUUUUUUUAAUGCCCUUCAACCAAAGUAAUAACACAUUAAUCUGGUCGUCAUCAGUCUCACACCUAUAUUUGACCAGUUUCUGUGCCAUAUACCUUAUAUCAGCCAUGUGAAUUAUUGCAAAAUAUAGAGCUAUAUAUGCAAAAAAUGGUUUAUUUAUAUUUCCCUCGGCAAUGAAAAUGUUAUUUAUACUCAUUAUUGGUGGAUGUUUAAAUGGUAAUAUACAAUUUGGGGAACUGUUUCUUGGGUUUUUUGGUAUUUUGCCUAGCUUAGCACUAAGACUGAAAGUAUGCCUUUACCCUAGCCUAACAUGAAGUGGAAAUGUGUUUUUAGCCUGGCUCAGCAUAAAGACUGAAAACAUGCCUUUAGUCUAACUUAGCAGUAAGAGUGAAUGCACGUCUUUACCUUAGUUUAGUUUACCUUAGUUUGUGCAAUGCUAGUCCACUAAACCUCAAAUCACGCGGGCCUACAGACCAAUCAGCAACCUGCCCCCCGGUAACCCAAAAUACUCCAGAAACGUAAAAAAGACUGAAAUUCAGAUUUGCUCAGUGAUCGAUGUUAGAGAAUGUACAUAUUUUCCCAUCUGCCAGUUGUUUAAGCUUUAAGAAAUAAAUAUGGCAGCGACAUUUGCGUUCUGCAGCUACAGUCAUUACCUUUCUAAACACCUUAAAAAUGACUUCCUACUCUGUUCCUGCUUCCAGUCUCUGUGCUGAGCUAGGCUAAACCCAGAGCAGUCCUGGCUGCGCAGAAGUCAAUCACAUAUCGAUCUUCCAGUCUUGUUAUUGGUGUGGGUAUGGUAAAUUGCUGCAUAAGAGUGGGAAAUUAAUACUUGGUUUAUUUCCAGUUUUGUUAUAAACAGGUGUGGUAACAGUAUGGCACACCAGGCCUUUCACUAAUGCAUCAGUUUUGCCCAGCCCACCCAAAUUUUUAAUACAUUUUGAUGUUUGUUUUUUUUUUAAUUGUUAUUUAUCCAGGUAAAGCUCUCAUUUCAAAGACCUGCUAUCAUGUAAUUAUGUAAUUAUGUCAGUAAUAACUACUGCACCACAAUAAAAACACUGUCACUGUUAUACUUUGUACAGCAACUAUCUGCAACAGCAUUAAUUUGCAAAGGCAAAACUAUUUAAAAAGUGAGCACCACUCUCAGAUCAUCACUGUUUGACCAGUGAUGCAGUUUGGUGUAUUUUUCUGAGGUGGCCCUAUGCUUCUUUUUUUCUUCCUCUAAUGAAUAUGCAGUCUCUCUUCUCCCACUCUGGAUAUGUGAUCAACCUUUGUGCCAUGAACUGGGAGGACCUGCAGCGACGCUCCCUCCGCUGCAGCGUGAAAGCCACUGUUGUGUAAAGAGAUUGUGUGUCUCUGUCGCGAUGAAAUGCGGUGCUUCACUUUCACCAGGUUUUAAAUAAACCGAAGGCUGAUGACUGA